AUGAGGGUCACACCUUUGACCCCAACAGUGACUGUACAGCAGCGAUCCAGCCGUAAGUUCUAUCUGAACACUUACACCACAAAAAGAGAGGUCCUUGACAGUGUCAGAGGUUUGAGGCACAAAGGCGGACGACCCCUCAACACUGGAGCAGCUCUCCGGUACUUGAGGGAUAACGUCUUCACGGCCUCUGCCGGAAGCAGGCGUCCCGAAGGAGUUCCGCAGCUGGGUGUCUUGACCAUUGCAAUUGGAACCCGAGGCUCUGACAGCACAGAACUUCAGACCAUAACUGGCGAGCCCAGUUAUGCUCUAUCUGUGUCUGAACUGACUGACCUACCCAAAGUGCAACAGCAAGUUGAGUCCUCUGUGGAAGCUGCAGUUAUUGAAGUCACCCCAGAAUUACCAACCGUAAUUGUUUCACGUGACAGAAAAGAUAUCGUAUUCCUUCUGGAUGGUUCUGAUGGCACAAGGAAUGGCUUCCCUGCCAUGCGUGAUUUUGUAGAGAGAGUGGUGGAGAAACUCAAUGUGGGAGAAAACAAAGACCAUGUCUCUGUGGUCCAGUACAGCAGAGAACCAGAGGUCCAGUUCUAUCUGAACACAUAUACCACAGGGGAGGAUGUGGUGGACUCGGUCAGAGGGCUUAGACACAGAGGAGGAAGACCCCUAAACACCGGGGCAGCUCUCCAAUACGUCAGAGACAACGUCUUUACAAACUCCUCUGGGAGUAGACGCCUGCAGGGUGUCCCACAGAUAUUGAUCUUGCUAACUGGGGGAAGGUCUUUUGACAAUGUAGAUAGCCCAGCCUCAGCUCUCAAACAGCAGGGCAUUUAUGUGAUUGGCAUCGGAACUAGGACCUCAGAUGCUAGAGAGCUGCAGAAAAUAUCAUAUGAGCCCAGUUAUGCUCUGCCAGUGUCCGAGUUCACUGACCUUCCCAGUGUCCAAGAAAAGCUCUCUUCUGUAAUGAGCACAGUGAUAGUGAGGGCCACGCCCAUGACACCAACAGUGACCGUGGUCAGACAGCCAGCAGGAAAGGAUGUGGUGUUUUUGCUGGAUGGAUCUGAUGCUACUAGAAGUGGAUUCCCAGCUAUGAGAGACUUUGUCCAAAAACAAGUAGAGACACUCAGUGUGGAUGAUGGCAAAGACCGUGUGUCGGUUGUUCAGUACAGCAGCGAUCCAGCCGUAGAGUUCUAUCUGAACACUUACACCACAAAAAGAGAGGUCCUUGACAGUGUCAGAGGUUUGAGGCACAAAGGCGGACGACCCCUCAACACUGGAGCAGCUCUCCGGUACUUGAGGGAUAACGUCUUCACGGCCUCUGCCGGAAGCAGGCGUCCCGAAGGAGUUCCGCAGGUCCUAAUAUUGAUCACUGGUGGAAGAUCAUUUGACAGUAUUGAUGAACCAGCCUCUGCUCUCAAACAGCUGGGUGUCUUGACCAUUGCAAUUGGAACCCGAGGCUCUGACAGCACAGAACUUCAGACCAUAACUGGCGAGCCCAGUUAUGCUCUAUCUGUGUCUGAACUGACUGACCUACCCAAAGUGCAACAGCAAGUUGAGUCCUCUGUGGAAGCUGCAGUUAUUGAAGUCACCCCAGAAUUACCAACCGUAAUUGUUUCACGUGACAGAAAAGAUAUCGUAUUCCUUCUGGAUGGUUCUGAUGGCACAAGGAAUGGCUUCCCUGCCAUGCGUGAUUUUGUAGAGAGAGUGGUGGAGAAACUCAAUGUGGGAGAAAACAAAGACCAUGUCUCUGUGGUCCAGUACAGCAGAGAACCAGAGGUCCAGUUCUAUCUGAACACAUAUACCACAGGGGAGGAUGUGGUGGACUCGGUCAGAGGGCUUAGACACAGAGGAGGAAGACCCCUAAACACCGGGGCAGCUCUCCAAUACGUCAGAGACAACGUCUUUACAAACUCCUCUGGGAGUAGACGCCUGCAGGGUGUCCCACAGAUAUUGAUCUUGCUAACUGGGGGAAGGUCUUUUGACAAUGUAGAUAGCCCAGCCUCAGCUCUCAAACAGCAGGGCAUUUAUGUGAUUGGCAUCGGAACUAGGACCUCAGAUGCUAGAGAGCUGCAGAAAAUAUCAUAUGAGCCCAGUUAUGCUCUGCCAGUGUCCGAGUUCACUGACCUUCCCAGUGUCCAAGAAAAGCUCUCUUCUGUAAUGAGCACAGUGAUAGUGAGGGCCACGCCCAUGACACCAACAGUGACCGUGGUCAGACCGCCAGCAGGAAAGGAUGUGGUGUUUUUGCUGGAUGGAUCUGAUACUACUAGAACUGGAUUCCCAGCUAUGAGAGACUUUGUCCAAAAACAAGUAGAGACACUCAGUGUGGAUGAUGGCAAAGACCGUGUGUCGGUUGUUCAGUACAGCAGCGAUCCAGCCGUCCAGUUCUAUCUGAACACUUACACCACAAAAAGAGAGGUCCUUGACAGUGUCAGAGGUUUGAGGCACAAAGGCGGACGACCCCUCAACACUGGAGCAGCUCUCCGGUACUUGAGGGAUAACGUCUUCACGGCCUCUGCCGGAAGCAGGCGGCCCGAAGGAGUUCCACAGGUCCUAAUAUUGAUCACUGGUGGAAGAUCAUUUGACAGUAUUGAUGAACCGGCCUCUGCUCUCAAACAGCUGGGUGUCUUGACCAUUGCAAUUGGAACCCGAGGCUCUGACCCUAGAGAACUUCAGACCAUAACUGGCGAGCCCAGUCAUGCUGUAUCUGUGUCUGACUUCACUGACCUUCCCAAUGUUCAAGAACAGCUCUCCUCUGUAAUGAGCACAGUGCUAAUGAGGGUCACACCUUUAUCCCCAACAGUGACUGUGGUCAGACAGCCAGCAGGAAAGGAUGUGGUGUUUUUGCUGGAUGCAUCUGAUGCUACUAGAACUGGAUUCCCAGCUAUGAGAGACUUUGUCCAAAAACAAGUAGAGACACUCAGUGUGGAUGAUGGCAAAGACCGUGUGUCGGUUGUUCAGUACAGCAGCGAUCCAGCCGUCCAGUUCUAUCUGAACACUUACACCACAAAAAGAGAGGUCCUUGACAGUGUCAGAGGUUUGAGGCACAAAGGCGGACGACCCCUCAACACUGGAGCAGCUCUCCGGUACUUGAGGGAUAACGUCUUCACGGCGUCUUCCGGAAGCAGGCGGCCCGAAGGAGUUCCGCAGGUCCUAAUAUUGAUCACUGGUGGAAGAUCAUUUGACAGUAUUGAUGAACCGGCCUCUGCUCUCAAACAGCUGGGUGUCUUGACCAUUGCAAUUGGAACCCGAGGCUCUGACCCCAGAGAACUUGAGACAAUAACUGGCGAGCCCAGUCAUGCUGUAUCUGUGUCUGACUUCACUGACCUUCCCAAUGUUCAAGAACAGCUCUCCUCUGUAAUGAGCACAGUGCUAAUGAGGGUCACACCUUUGACCCCAACAGUGACUGGUAAGAACAUGAGCCAUCUUCAAAUUCCAGUGUCAUGGUAGAAAACAGUGUGAAAAGAAAGGAUAUGUGUUGUGCUGUGUUAAGUCAGCCAGUGGAUUGGUUUUUUUUUUGUUUUACAAAAUAGUUGUGGUUGCAAAGAAAGAGUUCAAUUUUACCAUGUUGCUUUUUAGCUGCAAAGUAUAUGAUUGAC